UCUCCGCGCAGCUCCAUCUUUGUCCAGUCGCAGCGCUUUGUUCCCGUCGCCUGUGCUUUGGCCUUCAAGGCCGAGGAGCAGUCCCGGCGGCGAGCUGGCGUCGUCCUCGCCCCCCUCCCCGCCACCUCCCGUGCGCGGCCGGGCCUUGCCUCCCAUGGUGUCUCGGCCCGAGCCAGAAGGCGAGGCCAUGGACGCCGAGCUGGCGGUGGCGCCGCCGGGUUGCUCGCACCUAAGCAGCUUCAAGGUGGACAACUGGAAGCAGAACCUACGGGCCAUCUACCAGUGCUUCGUGUGGAGCGGCACGGCCGAGGCCCGCAAGCGCAAGGCAAAGUCCUGCGUCUGCCACGUUUGCGGCGUCCACCUGAACAGGCUUCAUUCUUGCCUCUACUGUGUCUUCUUUGGCUGCUUCACAAAGAAACAUAUUCACGAACACGCCAAGUCUAAACGGCACAACCUGGCCAUUGACCUGAUGUAUGGUGGCAUAUAUUGCUUUUUGUGUCAGGACUAUAUCUAUGACAAAGACAUGGAAAUAAUUGCCAAAGAGGAGCAGCGGAAAGCUUGGAAGUUGCAAGGCGUUGGAGAGAAGUUCUCGACUUGGGAGCCAACCAAACGGGAGCUUGAACUGCUGAAGCACAAUCCCAAAAGGAGGAAGAUCACUGCCAACUGCACCAUUGGUCUGCGUGGGCUCAUCAACCUGGGGAACACCUGCUUCAUGAACUGCAUCGUCCAGGCACUGACGCAUACUCCGCUGCUGCGUGACUUCUUCCUGUCGGACCGGCACCGCUGUGAGAUGCAGAGCCCUAGCUCCUGCCUGGUCUGUGAGAUGUCCUCACUCUUCCAGGAGUUUUACUCUGGGCACCGGUCCCCUCACAUUCCGUACAAGCUGCUGCACCUGGUGUGGACCCAUGCACGGCACCUGGCGGGCUACGAGCAACAGGAUGCCCAUGAGUUCCUCAUCGCGGCCCUGGACGUCCUUCACCGGCACUGCAAAGGUGAUGACAACGGGAAGAAGGCCAACAACCCCAAUCACUGCAACUGCAUCAUAGAUCAGAUCUUCACAGGAGGGCUGCAGUCGGACGUCACCUGCCAAGUCUGUCAUGGUGUCUCUACCACGAUAGACCCCUUCUGGGACAUCAGUUUGGACCUGCCUGGCUCGUCCACCCCAUUCUGGCCCCUGAGCCCAGGGAGCGAGGGCAGCGUGGUGAAUGGAGAGAGCCAUGUUUCGGGGACCACCACUCUCACAGACUGCCUGCGAAGGUUCACCAGACCGGAGCACUUGGGGAGCAGUGCCAAGAUCAAGUGCAGUGGCUGCCACAGCUACCAGGAGUCCACUAAACAGCUUACCAUGAAAAAACUGCCCAUCGUGGCCUGCUUCCAUCUUAAAAGAUUUGAACACUCUGCUAAGCUGAGGCGGAAGAUCACCACAUACGUGUCCUUUCCCCUGGAGCUGGACAUGACCCCCUUCAUGGCCUCCAGCAAGGAGAGCAGGAUGAACGGACAGUACCAGCAGCCCGUGGACAGUCUCAGCAGUGACAACAAGUACUCCUUAUUUGCUGUUGUCAACCAUCAAGGAACCUUGGAGAGUGGCCAUUACACCAGCUUUAUCCGGCAGCACAAAGACCAGUGGUUCAAGUGUGACGAUGCCAUCAUCACCAAAGCCAGCAUUAAGGAUGUGCUGGACAGUGAAGGGUACUUGCUGUUCUACCACAAGCAGUUCCUGGAGUACGAGUAGCCUCAUCCGCAGCUGGUCAGAGAAAGUGAAGGCAACAAGCUGGUGACCCUCACGAAGCAAUCCCCAGCCUCCCCGACCUCAGGACACCACCUCCCACAUAGGCAUGACCUGUGGGUCCCUCUGCUCUGGGACCCUCGGGGUCAAACUGACAAACACAGGUGGUGGGGGCUCAGGAACUGCACAGAGACACACCAUAUGAGGGUGUGCUUUGGGCGGGGAGGAAUAGAGUGGUCCUGUCGCCAGGAGCCCCUGUGGUCCUGGGUCUGAGUGGACAGGGAGCCUCGGUGCCAAGCAGCUGCUGCCUGGUGCUUCCUGACACCUCCAGUGUUCUCCUAGCUUGUGGUUCAGAAAGGUCCCCACCUGUCUUAAAAUCAUGAGUCCAUUAAAGCAGUGAGCAGAAAGAUGAGGUGGUGUCUGGGGAGGCUUUGCUGGCCUUGCCCUUCCUGAGUGUGGUGUUAAGCUGCAGAGUGCAGGACCCUUAGGCUCUGUGUUUUCAGCAGCCAGAAAGCAGCCCCACACACCUGUGGGACUGGACACGCUAAAUCGGGUUUCUGAGUGUGUCUGUUUUGCAAGAUAACUUAGCAUCAAACUGCAUGUGGAAGCAUCUCUUGGUUUUCUAGAAAUAGGCAUUUUCUUAUCCUCCACCCUUUUUCUCUUUUUCCACAAUGGUGAAUUUCAUAAAUGUAGUAAUAGCAAAGUGAGUGAAUUACUGAGUUUAUACUGAAAUUUAGAUAGUUGCUCAUUUGUUCUCUAGAGUGAUUCUUGGUUUUACCUGGUGCUUGUUUGUUGCCCCCCAGCAUCUGCAUGUCUGGUCAGUGGCCUCGGGACACAGGGGUCUUUGUUAUCUUAGUCUCUGGGGUAGACAUAGCCUCUCCUGGGCAUUUCCUGGCUCCCACCCUCAUGUUUUUCACCUUUGUCGUCUGUCCCAUCACCCAUCUGUUACUGCUUGGUGGCCAGCGUGCAGGACACAGAGCUGAAGCUACUCCUCUGCUCUGCGUCUGUGCAGUCUUGGGUGGCGGGAGCAGAUGGACCUCCUCAGGGAGCGUUUGGGCAGAGCUGAGGAAGCAGAACAAAACGCAUCACUGCUUGUAAGAUAUUUUGCAUGUAUUGUCUCUUCAAACUGAGAUUGUCUGUUUCUGAGAAAUUAUAACAUAGGGACAUGGGGGAGGAGAUGUGUUAAUAUAGUUUGUGGCGCAACCAUCUCAAGCUGUGCUUGUCCUGGAAGCUCCCAUCUCCACCUGAGGUGUGGUCCCUUCAGUCCUGGAGCACAGUCACCAUGGUGAAGGCUUUGCCAGUGUUUCUCAUGAAGAGCCUGGUGGUUGGCAUUGCCAGCUCUGUGCCUGUCUCCACCUGAGGUGUGGGCCCGUCAGUCCUAGAGCACAGUCACCGGUUUGAAGGCUUUGCUAGUGUUUCUCAUGAAGAGCCUGGUGGUUGGCAUUGCCAGCUCUGUGCCUGUCUCCACCUGAGGUGUGGGCCCGUCAGUCCUAGAGCACAGUCACCGGUUUGAAGGCUUUGCUAGUGUUUCUCAUGAAGAGCCUGGUGGUUGGCAUUGCCAGCUCUGUGCCUGUCUCCACCUGAGGUGUGGGCCCGUCAGUCCUAGAGCACAGUCACCGGUUUGAAGGCUUUGCUAGUGUUUCUCAUGAAGAGCCUGGUGGUCAGCAUUACUGGCUCUGUGCCCAUCUCUGCAGACAGAUAAGCUUGGCCAUGUUUCAAUAAAGCUAUGUUUAUGGAUAUGGAAAUCUGAAUUAUAAAUACUUUUCAUAUGUCAAGAAAGUUUGAUUUAAAAAAAAAAAAACUAAAAUGAGAAUUCUUAGUUAAAAAGCCACACAAAAGCAGAUAGGGACCAGCUCUGGCUUGUUAGCUAAUGAGGCUGAGAGGGGUAGGGACAGCUCUGAACAGGAGACACUAGGGCAGGGGAAAGGCUACCAUGCCCUGGAGUACAUAUGGCAUGAGCCUCAGCAAUGCAAGUCUGAAAAGCAUUUGCUGGAUUAAUUUUCUGUUAUAUGUCUGCACUUGGAGCAAGUGGAGGCAUGUUUUAAGAUGAGCAUUAUUAAAUGUGGGAGGGCCUGAGUCACAGAAGCUGGUCCCAUGUGACCCUACAUGAUAUGGUCUGUGUGACAGUGGGGAAGGGGUUGUUCCUGUUGGGAGGAUUGGCUGUAUGGCGCCCCCCCACCCCGGGGUGCUGAGUGCUGUCUGGUGCCACUGAUGUGCUGGGUGCUGGCCUUGGGCCUUCUGGUGGGGUACCUUGUGGCUCCCCAGGCCCCACCCCUGUCCCUAUUGCUUGUGUUGGGGCCUUAGCUGCUCUAGGAACGUUAGUGCUGGGCAGGGAGAUGGAGCUGUUUCACUUUUUGAAAGGCAUUAUGUUAAACUUUUGUAUCCAAAUUAAUUUCCCUCUGCCCUGGUGCUACCUGCACAUGGCACUAGGUUCUGGGUCUGACGGGAAUCCACUUUGUUAGUGUUGUAUCUUAGAAACCUGAAAGUAUUGGCUUGGACCCCACUUAAGUGCACUCAAUCAGAAAUUUAUUGAAUCUGCACAGGAGACUGUCCUCACACAGUUCCGUCCCAGUAGUGGGCAAGUUGUCUUAUAUAAUUUUUAGAGCCAGCAGGUUACAGAAGUGAGAUGUGGCUGGUUAGCUCAGGUUGCUGGGGUUACAGCUUGGGUAGUCAUGGAUACAGUUUAAGUAACAAUGGUUACAGUUUAGGUUAUAGAUAUAGUUUAACAAUGGUUACAGUUUAAGCAGGCAGGCUCCCACCAUCAUUCAUCUAUUGGGAACUUGGGAGGGUUUUGUGAAAUGGGAGAAGGCAGGGGGAACCAAGGGGAACAGGAGCUCACAACAUUAGGAACAAAAUAUUUACUUGAUGGCUUUGGAAAUCUGUUAUCAGUUCCCCAUCCAGCUAUAAAAUUCAGGAAAAUGGUUUUCCUGUUCCUAGUGACCUCCCUGUGUUGGGCUGCUUGUCACAAAGAGUAUCUUACCACUGAGGGACUCGCUGGCUGGUGUGAGAAACAGCUGGGACUUUGGUGACACUGCUCAGUAAGGUGGAUGGACCCCUCUCCUCAGCCAACAUGAGAGUUGUGAGUGUUGGAUGUGCUGGGGGCCAGGCUGGGCAGGAAGCGGGUGGCUGCUCAGCUGGGUCCCUCCCGGCCACUGCAGCAGGCCCUGGGCCCGUAGUGCCCACGUGCUGUCGUGUCUCUGCUUGGUGUGUGUGCUUUUCAUCAUGUACGGUUACUGUUCUUUUGACAGUUCAAGUGACUGUUUUCAUUUACUAUGACUUUGACAACAAGAAAUAGUAAUGAUUUACUGUGGUUGGAGAUGUUAUUGCCAAGUUGUUUAUGCUUUUUUUCAACCAUUGUUUUGGGGAGCUGUUUGACUCUCUCCUCCUCCUCCCCUACUGGCUUGUAGUCUUCCCUGUGUCAUAAUAAACCUACAAUUUAUUCUGAAAA